GGCUCAGGAUUGGCCGAGCCGGAGGCCGUGGAGCCAGGAAGCCAAUGGCCGGGCUUUGCCCUCCCGGAUCCAAAAUGGCGGCGCCGGAGCCUGGCAGCGGGGCCUCCGGAGGAAGGAGGUGAAGCGGCCUCGGCCCGCGGCUCCGGGACCUGCCGCCCCUGCUCGUCCCCCCCGGAGCCGGCCGGGGCCCGGCCCCAGCCUCAGCCAUGGCCGCUGAGAGCAGCAAGCAGUUCUGGAAGCGGAGCGCUAAGCUGCCGGGGAGUAUUCAACCUGUCUACGGAGCCCAGCAUCCUCCUCUGGAUCCCCGGCUCACCAAAAACUUCAUUAAGGAACGUUCCAAGGGCAAUACGCUGCCCCUGAAGAAUAAGAAGGCCUCUAGCUUUCACGAGUUUGCACGCAACACCAGUGACGCCUGGGACAUCGGCGAUGAUGAAGACGAAGACUUCUCCUCCUCUUUCCAAACCCUGAACUCUAAAGUGGCCAAGGCCACAGCAGCCCAGGUGCUGGAGAACCACAGCAAGCUGCGCGUGAAACCUGAGCGGGCCCAGUCUGCUCUCAGCGAGAUGCCAACCAACUGCAAGGUCAUCAAGUCCAGCAGCGAGGCCCAGCUGUCCAGAUCACCUGAUGAGCUGAGGAAAUGCAGCUGGCCUGGCGUGCCCAGAGAGGUCCGGCCCGUGACGUGUCGACUCCUGUCGGGCUAUCUCCCUGCGAACAAUUAGCGGAGGAAGCUGACCUUACAGCGCAAGCGGGAGGAAUAAUUUGGCUUCAUCGAGCAGUAUUACGAUUCCAGGAAUGAAGAGCAUCAUCAGGACACCUACCGGCAGAUCCACAUCGACAUUCCCAGGACAAACCCUCUCAUCCCGCUCUUCCAGCAGCCGCUAGUCCAGGAGGUGAGGCGGGACGAGUCUCUCUAGCUUCCCCGCAGUGGGGCAGGCCAAGUCCUGCUGGUGACCAAGGGCUUCUAGCGGGAGAUUCUUCCGUUCCACCCAGAGCAUCAGGCCCAUCUGGCUUUGGUGUGUGCUCCUAGGGGCACCUAUUCUGUGCUGUGAGGGCCCAGUGGAGUUAAUCUAGUCAUCUGGAUUUGGGGAUUUGCCUCCACCCAGGGCCGUCCUCCCUCCUUUCUAACAUGCGCUUUAGGAUCAGCCUCACCUACAUCUGUUUGGAGGGGGAUGUAGGAUGUUAAUGUAGCCACCCCACCGUUCAGACACCAGCACCCCAUGGGAAGGGGGAUCUUGCACAAGGCUGGGUGUUUCCUCUGAGUAGAAUGGGCGGGGGGAGGAGAAACCGUUGGCGUCCCAACCGGGGCCCCUUUGUGCUGAGUGCUGUAAAUGACAGUGCCUGCCCCCAAGAGCCUACCAUGAAAAUAGACAAGACAACCAGGGAAACUGAGGCACAGAGCGGGGAAGUAACUUGCCCAAGGUCACAGCAGGUUAUUGGCAGAGCUGGGAUUAGAACCCCGGUUUCUAAUCCAGUGCUCUAUCCAUGUGACCACAAACACGUUCAUUGUACCUUCAAUUCGGUGUACUGGCUGUUGGAUGGCACAUCCAGUCCCUUUUGCCGUGUGGUUGGUGUGGGCUCUUCUUUCGAAGGAACAAAACCACAAUUGGACUCUGUCGUGCUUUGAAAGAAUCAUAGGCUAACCUGGGCCAAGCCACUGUGAUUCCAGAAUAAGUGUGUGCAGGUGGAGGGUUAUAGCAGUAAUACUGUAUUGGUACAGUUCUGUGGGUAAAUGUCCCUGCGUAGACCAGUCCUAAUGUGUCCUGCAAUUUAUC